UGCGGCGUCUUCCGUGAACGUCAUUCUCCAUCGAGCACAGCGUAUAAACGGCCGUGCUUUGCCGCGCAAUUUGACAUUUUAGUGGUUUUUUUUAUUAUCGUCUACAGCCAGCACACAUUGGCUGUAAGAAGUGAUGAAGACAUUUGUUAUAGUCCUGGUGAUCUGUAUUGGCUUAUCUUCGGCAAGAUGGCUACGACGUGGGAAAGCAAAUCAACCCAAAGAAACUAGCUUUAUUGGAGAGGCUACCAAUGAACUGUCAACAGCACUAUUACAGGGCUACAUUGAUGACACUAACAACAUUGUGUUUUCUCCCCUGGGCUAUUCAUCUAUUCUUGCAAUUUUGGCUGAGGGCGCCCAAGGAGAAACUAAAGAUCAGUUGGUGAAUGCACUUCAUCUCCCCAAAGAUGAGAAACUUAUCAGAAAGAAUUAUCGCUACAUAAUGGAAAGAUUAAAAUACACAAAUAAAUUUGAAUACAACAAACCUGAGUUACAAAAUUAUUUCUAUGUGUACAAAAACUACUCUAUCAAUGAAGACUAUAAGAAAAUACUGCAAGAAUUCUACUUAACAGAUGUAAGAUCUGUAGAAAGAUAUUCAAACCUCGGUGAAGAUGAGGAAGACAAAAAAAUGCAAGAUAUCGAACCUCCAAACGAAAAUGAGGAGAAACUCAUAACAUAUGCUGUUGAAGAUAAACCAGAGAAAAUUGAUUUAUCGCAAAUAACUUACAAACCAGCUAAAAAUAUUAAAGAACAAAUUAAAUUAGUCAAAAUUUCUAACGAAGAAGUAAGUAACGAUGAAGAAGAGACCAUGGUAGCUGAUGAAGCUAGGAACCAUAUUAGAAACCAACGCGUGCUCAUGAACAAAAAUGAUAUUGCUUCAAGUAUUUCUGUAAAUGGUGUUGGGAAAAAGGACAGUGAUCCAAAAUCAACCUCAAUUAUGAUAAUCUUCAACGGUAUGUACUUCAGAGGCUCAUGGAAGAAGCCGUUUGAUGUCAUUGAACCUGGUCUAUUCUAUAAAUCCAACUCUGUGAAGAAACAUGUAAUGAUGAUGAAGACUAGAGGAAAAUUUAUGACUGGAUCGUUGCCGGAGUUGGAUAGUGAGGCACUGCUUCUGCCGUAUGAUGGUGAUAGAUACGCUUUACUAGUAGUAAAUCCAAGAUCCCGAGACGGUCUCAUGAGACUAACAGCAGACCUUCCAUCGGCUUCUAUUUCUGAGAUCAAGGAUAGUCUUUUUGAAGAGGAUCUUCAAGUGUCACUGCCGUCUUUCUACGUCAGUACUACUACGAAACCCGUCGCUGCUUUAGCUAAGUUUGGUGUAAGCCGAAUAUUUGGCCGUGACGCAGAACUAUCGGGAAUAUCAUCUAAGGAAGGGCUGUUCGUUCAGGAACUGGUUCAGAAUGUUGUCGUGAGGGUAGACAAUACUAAUUCAUCUGCGUCGCUUAUAGCCGCGAGCGAUGUUGUGGAGCUCAAGAAUGCACCUUCGACCGAGCCACGGCGUUUCUGCGUUGAACAUCCGUUUGUGUUUUACAUCAUUGACUGCUCGGAUAAUUUAGUUGUUGUUGCUGGAAAGGUCAAUGACCCUGAACCACCUAAUGAUAAUUUUUAAAGUGUCUUAAUUUGAAGAAAGCUCUUUGGUUGUUAUAACUUAUGCCUGUGCAGUUAUAUCUGUAUUUAGUUUGGUAAUACCAAACUUAAAGAAAAUUUGAGAUUUAUCAACGAGCAGCUAAGAUAACAUUUUUUAUGUCUCCUUAUUUAUAGUCAGCUUUAUAUACAAGUAGUGUAGUCCAAACUCCAAUAGAUUAAAUAACGUCCGUGACUAAUCGAGUUAAAAUAAAUCACAGUUCUCAAAAAUAAAAAGUUAUAUAUUACGUUACUAACACAUCUACAAUAUGUUUUUGUACACUCCUGCGCUUGUACAAUUUGCAAGACAGGCUUAGGGUUUAGAAUUAACAAUUACUAGGUAUAAUUUAUUUCAAUAAUUUUUAAGACUUAUCACAAUAGUGUAAUAUACAUUGUGAUAAGUUAUAAAAUGACUGAAAUGUAGAUGUUGGGUUAUAACCAGAAGCAUUUGAUAGUGAAAAAGUACACUUUAAUUUUAGUUUGUUGUAAGUUAUUUAAGAUAUGUGAUUUUAAGGUUAAAUUAUUUAUUUUCU